AUGUCCGCCGAAACAUCGCCACGCGCCGUUCGAUUCUCUCAGAGCGAAGUCGAUCUGGCACAAGACAAGUCUAAAUCUCAACGGCCUGUCGCCAUUUCCACCGAUUCCGACGGCUCGGGCUCAUCCGAAGAUUAUACACCCGAUCUGCACGAGCACGAGCGCCAGGACGAAUUGGGGUCUCUUGCCCCAUACGGAGAUGGCAGUAUUACGAGUUCUAUGGCAUCGCUGGCCCCGAAUUCGGUUGCCAACAAUGUCGGGAGACCACGAGGUUCUGCGGCCGAAGUGAGCGCUAAUAAUGUCGCGAAUGGUGUCGGUAACCGACAACAGCAACAACAACAACAAAGACCCCAUGUGACGCGCACUCCCUCCAGUACUUAUGCUCCCCAAAGAGGACCUCCCUUACAACCCGGCUUCAUCUCUACUUCUACACGGUCUGGAUCACGCCGACGAGAUCCUGCCGACAAGUUCCGCGAUCAAGAGCCCGCCUAUCUGCGCAUGAUGCGCCAAGACCGUACUCCUAAUGGAUAUUUUGAUCCUUACACCCCUAGCGUCGACUAUUCUGAUGAAGAGUCUGAGGGCGAGACUCCCUCUUCGGAAGGUGUCUUCGAUGACCGCUUCCCUAACGACGAGACUAUAAUGUUCCAGAAUUUGAUCGACGACACGCAGCCUACCGAAGAUGAUAUCAAGGAUCCAGUGAACCGCGAGCGGCUAGAGUGGCACGGCAUGUUAGCAGCAGUUUUGACCGGUGAUGUUGUAAAACAAGAGAAAAAGCGGCUUAUUGGUACUUCUGAGUUAUCAGGUGGAAAGUCUACCUACAAGAGUGAAUUGUGGCUCGGAAUCAGGUCAAAGAUGACAGGCCGGUCCCUUGCUGUCCAGCGGAGAAUAAUCGAAGAGGCACGAGGGAACCUUGACCGAACUAUUGACGAGAUCACUCGGUUCGAAGUACAAGGUGAGACUGCUGCUGGUAAACCUGCCAUCGAGCAGGUCCGAGACAUCGUUAAGAAGAUAGAAAAGUGUGAGGGUCUAUAUCCCUCGUGGCAAUCGAUGGGGAUCGCGCACCAGCAAGUCACGUCUCAGUCGUUUCAGGAAGUCUACGAUGUUGUCAUGUCUUGGUAUAAUACCAAUGAAAUGAUCAAUACCGAAUUAUCAAUUCUCAAGAAAUGGGUAGGUAAUGAGGACCUCGAUUUCCAGAGGACGAAGCAGAGGUCGCCGAGUACCAAUGGUUUGAGCGACGAAACUUCAUUUCUAGACCGUCUUUUGAAAGAGGACGGCCUAAGGUCGUUGCACGAAGAUGACGAGACCGCAACGCAGGAACACGCUCUAAAGACGAAGUCGCUCAUCCGAAGGAGCAUGCUGACGCCGAUCUCAACCACUAUUGCCAAGGCUAAAGAAACCCUCAUUAUGAACUCUGCGGCCUUCCAUAAACGACACCUCCCUCCUUAUAUCGAGGAGCUACUUACCCUUAUCAGCUUUCCCUCGCGGUUGAUCGAGGAGAUUAUCAAGGUCAGAGUAGCCUAUGCCAGGAAAAUGAAAGAGACCACACAGCAAACCCCUAUUCUUCAAGACCAGAUGAUAUCGCAAUUUGAGAUCUUACUAAAGCUUGCAAUCCGUAUCAAGCAGGAGAAUCUCAUGGUGUCUCAGCCCCAGCCCGGAUGGAACCUACCGCCAUGUAUUGAUGAAUCAUUUGAUCAGGUUGUACUCGAUGCCCUAAAAUAUUACUUCAAGAUGUUGAACUGGAAGCUUAGUAGAAAUAAGAACACCUUUAAGGAGGCCGAAGUCCUGUUCCAAGAAUGGGAUUUCGCUAAUGAAAUUGGUCAGCACCUUGUUGGAGGUGACAUAGAAGUCGCCGAGCAAUUUAGUAACCUCACAUACAAAGCUCUAAACCGCCUAAGUCAAACAUUUGAGCGUGAGCUUCAGAGAAAGCCUAAGGAGAGCCCAGACGAUAUGAGCAAGAGAUACACGCAAAUGUUGGAUACAGUACGGGUUAGACAGAGAAUGUUACAGCGGUUCUCGCGGAUGUUGAGCGAACAUUAUGAGAACGCGUCAGACAUGAGUAUUGCCCUUGGCGCCGAGGGCUUGAGGUCUCUGUACGAACGACUUUCGGUCACCGGACACUUCCUCGUCGAUGAAGUAGAUGGCAUUCAAAUUAUAGCAUCGCCAGCUCUCAUAGGUCGUGACCAUGAGGUUCAAUUAAUACUACGAACUUGCUUCCACGAGAGGAUUUCAGAAGACCCCACGGACCCUUACGUAUUGAUACUCCGUCCGGAGGCUCCAUUGCAUUGGUUUGGCAAUCGGCGUCCUCAGUCUCUCAAUAUUGAGUCACCUGAUCUUAAGCUCGGCCAAAUACGUCUAAUCGCAGAUGGAUCUCAAGAUCGGCUAGCGAACGCGAGGAAACUCUUCCUAGAAACAAUCGAUAUGCAUCUCGAUCUCAUUGUGGAAGCGCGCUCAAAUCUCCACAAAGUCAAUACUAGACUAUUCGAAAUUCGAAAGGUUGGCUUCAAACUUUCCAACACAUUCAUGGACAGUGUUGAGAUCAUCCGAAAGCAAACGAAGGGGUUCGACUGCCAAGAUCUAAUCCAGACAUGCUUCGUCUUUGCUACGGAGUUCGGCCAGAGAUCACUCCUAUAUUUGGACAGUAACCGGCGGCAAAUGAACAACAUAAAGCUCACCAAGCUUAGUUUGGACUGGGUUAGCUUCAUAUGCGAUGAUUGCAAAGUUACCGAUCGCAAGUCUUUCCGCUGGGCUGUACCUGCGUUAGAGUUUGCAAUGGGCAUGACAAGAGGUCGACAAAUUUUAGGACUUGGCGAUGACGAAUACGUAAAAUUACGCGCCAAGGUAUCGGGGUGCAUGUCGCUUCUCAUUUCGCAUUUUGAUAUUCUAGGUGCCAAGUCUAAUCAAGCCGCACAACUAGAGCGCGAGCGUAUCGAGACUCUCAUUGGACAAUUCAAGAGGUUCGACAAGAACCGUAUGCUUGAUGAUGAGGAAGCCAUCAAAUAUAAACAAGAGCAACGUCUAAUUCAACUCGCUCAAAUCGACGAAAUACAGAGACGCAAUAUCGAAGAAAGACAAGGAAUCGGACGGGUGCUUGAGGUUUCUAACGAAGUCGAUCGGUCGCUGGCGUACUUGUCAUCCUCUGCUACGAAUGUUACGAUGAGGUGGCAACAAGGACAUUUCGUUGGUGGUGGUACGUUUGGUAACGUCUACGCUGCUAUGAAUUUAGAUACUGGUCAUUUGAUGGCUGUUAAAGAGAUCAGACUGCAAGACCCCAAAUUGAUACCGCAAAUCGCAACACAAAUCAAAGACGAGAUGGGUGUUUUGGAAGUUCUCAACCAUCCCAACGUAGUCUCCUACCACGGUAUCGAAGUGCAUCGCGACAGGGUCUAUAUUUUUAUGGAGUUUUGCUCCGGUGGUUCGCUGGCUGCUCUAUUGGAGCAUGGUCGUAUCGAGGAUGAGCAAGUUGUCAUGGUUUAUGCACUGCAGCUUCUUGAAGGUCUCGCUUACCUUCAUGAAAGUGGCAUCGCUCAUCGUGACAUCAAACCAGAGAAUAUCCUGCUUGACCACAAUGGCGUCAUUAAAUACGUCGACUUUGGCGCUGCCAAGGUUAUUGCACGACAAGGACGCACUCUCGUACACGGUUUAUCUGCCACGAAACCUAAUAAGUCAAUGACAGGCACGCCCAUGUAUAUGUCUCCCGAAGUUAUCAAGGGUGAGAAUCCAGGGCGCGCUGGAGCCGUAGACGUGUGGUCGCUUGGAUGCGUAAUUCUCGAAAUGGUCACGGGCCGCCGGCCGUGGUCAAAUCUGGAUAAUGAGUGGGCAAUUAUGUAUAACAUUGCUCAAGGUAAUCCCCCGCAGCUUCCAAAUAUAGAUCAGUUGAGCGCGCAAGGAAUCGACUUCUUGAACAAGUGCUUUGUCAGAGACCCGAAAAGAAGAGCAAGCGCUGUCGAACUACUUCAACACGAAUGGAUCAUGUGUAUCCGCAACCAAGUCGUCGAGCCACCGACUCCAAGUGACACCAGCAGCAACUCGGCUCAAAGUACACCACAUCCUUUUUCGGGAAGUAGGGGAAGUGCGGGUGGAGAUGGCUUUUAUUAG